AUGGCUUCACAAAAUUUUGAGAAUCAAGGAACUUCUAAAGGAAAAUUGAGUUCUACUGCAUUACAUCUUCUUAAAAAUUAUGACAAACUUGUCGAACUUCGAGAACAAGGGAAAACAUUUAAGGAAAUUGGUCAAAUGUUUGGUGUUAAAAGAGAUACAGUUCAAUAUAUUGUCAGAAAAAAAGAAAAUAAAUGUCAGUCUCGAUAUCCCAAACUACCAAUUUUAUCUGAUUCGUCUGAAGAUGAGAUGGAUUAUGAUGAUACAAUUCAAAAAGUUGAUUUAGUAAAUAACAUAGAGAACCGCCAAUUUAGAACGUUACAAUCACGAUUUUAUUGUCAGGCAGUACAAAGGUAUUACGCUGGCCCAAUAACUCCAAAAAUUCAUUUGACCAGACUUUUUAGAUUAAGUUUUCAUCAGUCAAAGGAGAAUAUAUCUCAAUCCCGUUUUGUUUAUAAAUGCAUUGAUUGUAGCUUUAGUGUACGCAAAAUGUAUUUUAUUCCAAUUGUUUAUUUAAUUAUUGAUCAUUUUCUUGAUUGUAAAGAACAUCUUGUAAUUGAAAAUAUUCGUAAAGUGUUUCUUGAAGAGAGGGAGGCAUUUAAAGCUUUUCUUGGUAUACAUUUCAAUCAUUUUUACAAAUUACCGAAGGAGGCAGAACUAACAUUUCAUCCAAAAAAAUCUGGUUCCGUUUACAGAUGUUCUAUAAAAAUUCCUGAAAAUUUGAUAAUUGAGGCAGAGGAUGAAUCGAAUUUAACUGAACACGAUGAAAUGGAAGGUGAUAAUUCCAAUAAUUCUGAUGAUGCUCUCGAAAAUAUUUAUUAA